GGUCGGCAGAAAACUUUGCCGCGAUAAUUUACCAGCAACUUGUAUCUGUGAUAACGAAACACGAUGACGUGUGCUUUGCCGCAAGUGAAAGUAACUCAUUAGUGGUAGGAGCAAUACACGUAGGCCUUCAAUAUCAGUUAUAUGUUUUGUUGAUCGCAGUCCCUCGCGAGUCGUCGUUACGUUCAGUCAACAUUUUUACGUUUCACUCCGAUAACGAUGUGCGGAAUAUUUGCAUACAUUAAUCACUUGACUCCGAAGACCAAACGGGAAAUAUUAGAACUGCUGGUUACUGGUUUAAAACGCUUAGAAUAUCGUGGCUAUGACAGUGCGGGUGUUGCGAUCGAUGCCGCAGACCAUAAAGAUAUAGCCGUGAUUAAAAACAGCGGGAAGGUAGCGGCUUUAGAAGAAGUAUUGCAAGAGCGCAGCUUGGACCUGUGCGUAGAAGACAGUGUGGAGUCGCACUGCGGCAUCGCACACACCCGCUGGGCCACCCACGGCGAACCCAGCUCCAUCAACUCGCAUCCGCAACGCUCAGGUGAUGAUAACGCUUUCGUCGUCAUCCACAAUGGCAUCAUCACCAACUACAAGGCGGUCAAGACUUUCCUUGAGAACAAGGGGUAUGUCUUUGAAUCACAAACUGACACAGAAGCCAUUGCCAAGUUGAUUCAUCAUCUUUACAACCAGCAUAAGGACUACAACUUCCAGGAACUGGUUGAGCAGGUAAUUCAGCAGUUAGAGGGGGCAUUCGCUUUAUGCUUUAAAUCACGUUAUUUUCCAAAUGAGUGUGUCGCAACCCGGAGGGGAAGCCCUCUACUUGUGGGCCUUAAAAUGCACCAUCACAACACCAGUGAUCAUGUCCCUAUUAUGUACACCAAUAAUAAAGCAACCCGUGGUGUUGUUCCCACAGUUCCACGAGUUGACAGUCAUGCCCAAUUUCAACCAGAAGAAGAGCGUACUGUUGAAUAUUUCUUUGCAUCAGAUGCAUCUGCAGUAAUUGAACAUACAAACCGUGUCCUAUACUUUGAAGAUGAUGAUGUUGCUCAUAUCAAAGACGGGGUCCUCAGCAUUCACCGGUUGUCGGGCAGCAGCAAUGAUCCACAUCAAAGAGAAAUUUUGACUUUGAAAUUGGAAUUACAGCAAAUAAUGAAAGGAAACUAUGAUUAUUUCAUGCAAAAAGAGAUUUUUGAGCAACCGGAAUCCAUUGUAAAUACUAUGAGGGGCAGACUUAACUUUGCUAAUGGUACUGUCACUCUAGGAGGCAUUAAGGAUUAUAUUCCAGAGAUUAAACGGUGCCGCAGAUUAAUGUUGAUUGCUUGCGGAACCAGUUAUCAUAGUGCUGUGGCAACUCGUCAGCUGUUGGAGGAGUUAACAGAGCUUCCAGUUAUGGUUGAACUAGCCUCUGAUUUCUUGGACAGAAACACUCCAGUAUUUCGUGAUGAUGUUUGUUUCUUCAUUUCACAAUCUGGAGAGACAGCUGAUACUCUGAUGGCCCUGCGCUACUGCAAACGUCAUGGUGCUUUAAUUGUUGGAAUUACUAACACAGUGGGCAGCUCCAUCUGCCGUGAGUCCCACUGCGGUGUGCAUGUCAAUGCUGGUCCUGAGAUUGGUGUAGCCUCAACAAAAGCGUACACUUCACAGUUUAUCUCUCUUGUUAUGUUUGCCUUGGUUAUUAGUGAGGAUCGUAUUUCCCUACAAAAACGCCGUGCUGAUAUUAUAGCGGGGCUUCAUGAAUUGGACAGCAAAAUUAGGCAAGUCCUAGCCUUGGAUUCUGAAGUGAAAGCUCUUGCAGAAGACCUCUACCGCCAACGUUCGUUGUUGAUAAUGGGCCGCGGCUACAAUUUUGCUACAUGCCUGGAAGGCGCUCUCAAGGUAAAGGAGUUAACAUACAUGCAUAGCGAAGGCAUAAUGGCUGGGGAAUUAAAACAUGGGCCUCUAGCAUUAAUAGAUGAUUCUAUGCCUGUCGUGAUGAUCGUCAUGCGGGAUCCCGUGCACACCAAGUGCAUGAACGCGCUGCAGCAGGUGACGGCGCGGCAGGGGCGGCCCAUCGUGGUGUGCGAGGAGGGCGACGAGGAGACCAUGGCCCUAGCGUCCCGAUGCCUGCAGGUGCCAAAAACUGUAGACUGCCUGCAAGGGAUCCUCACUGUCAUUCCCAUGCAGCUGCUAGCCUAUCAUAUUGCUGUAUUACGUAACUGCAAUGUUGAUUGCCCGCGAAAUCUCGCAAAAUCUGUAACAGUCGAGUAAUUGUAAAAUCAUUAUUAAUGCGCAACAAAUCUUAUCAUCAUUUAAUUUUAUUGUUCUUGUUAUAGUGAUACAAUAUUAGGCAUAGUUUCGGAUUACAUUGCAAUUUAAAAUAAGAUGUAAUAAGUUGUACACCAACAAAAUCUUUGAUAAUUGUUAAAAAAAUAUCCAGCUGCGAUGUGUUACUUGCCUGUACACAAGAUAAACAACUAUUCUAACAAAACAAACCAUGCACGCAUUUUCGGCGUCUUAAUAUCAUUUUUUGAACUAUGCUUCUAAAGGGAAAAAUUACCUAUUUAUUCAUUCCAUACAAUUGUUAUUGUUUAAUCUGAUUAGAUAAUAUCUGUAUUAUUUCUGUAUCCAUAUUAAGUUUCGUAGAUCGCCGACGAUGAGUAUUUUUUCGUUCGUAUGAACUGUUACUGAUAGUGUUUUGAAAGUUAUCGCGUACAGUUGCCUAUCGAUAUCGCCUUCAUUCUUGCAUCUUAAAGCGCGCGGUUGCUUUAUACGAUAAUAGCGAUGCGUUAGUCGCUCACCAUUUUACAUCAGAUAAUCUAUGUGGCUACCACUAGUUUGGCACUGACAUAAACGCUAUAGAGAAACCUAACUUACUUUCUAUGCGUCUUGCUCGUCCUCGCAUAUUAGUAGGAGCGAGAUCUAUAGAAAGUAAUUACUUAGACGUUAGCGUAUAUGUCAGUUUUGACACUGUACUCUUUUGCUACGUACGGUACGGGUACUAAUUACCAUACAUUGUCUUACGCGGUAAGCGCAUUGUCAUUUUUCCUAGAUUCCAUUGAUUGUAUGGGCUCAACGCUGCGUUUAUCGCAUAAAACAACCGCGCUCUUAAGAGUGUAACAGUAUCACUACAUACUUGAUACCUAUAAAGCCUUCAUACAAUAAAACAGUCCGGGUAUCUACCCAAACUUUGCCUGACUGGCAACUACCUACCCCCUUAUAACGGUUUCAAUACCAUCGUUACAAUUCAUUCGCGAUAAAUUAAAUAAGAAUGCUUUAUGUUUAUGUUUCUUUGGUUCACAUGCAACAUUCCAAUCACAAUCAGCGAGUGCAAAUGUGACUUGCUUUUACUACGGAUUCAUUGAUUGUGUUAUACGUGUAAAGUCUGAAGAUAUCGUGCUCAGAGUGUGACUACCGAGAAAGAUGGCGCUAUACCGCACCAUAUAGUGCUAAUCGUCCUAUUUGUGGUAACUGAAUUACCAAACGUCAUCUUUUGUUGACAACCAAAGUUACCGCAUAAUAUACGGAGCCGUACAACGCCAUCUACAUUAGCUGUCAAAUUAGACGCGAAUUCGGCUUAGGCUUUACACAUCCUAUAUUUAUAGUGAAUCUAUACUUUUACUUACAAUUUAUUGUUUUGAUUAUUAUAAGAUAAUUAGAUGCCUAUAUUUUAAUUGUUAUGUUUUAUAAAGAAUAUAUAUGCACAUUAUACCGCGUGCCCAUUAUGAACCCCGAGGGAUUUUAACAGUGUAAUUCCUGAUCAAUAUUAUCGAUAAGUAUUUAAAGACUAAAAUGUCCUAUAUACUUUUUUGGAAUUCGCCUACAAUCAAAGUUAAAACCAGUUAAAUAAAACAUAGUUUUAGUUACUUGGCACAAAACGCCUUUUUGUUGGCGAAGUUUGCCACUAGUCCAAAUAUCCUUAUUGAUAGAUAUCAAAAAAUUAAAUUCAUUUUUAGUGUCAGGUUUACCUAUAUUAUUUGUACAAAUACAUACAAAAAAUAUUGUUUUUGGCGAAAUUAACCUUAAUCAUGCCACAUUUUUUCCCUUCUUUUGUCCUAAGAAAUGCGUGGUUAAAAUCUCUCUGGUUCGUCGUGGGUACCUUGUAUACUUAAUACUAAGUUUACUUCUUGAGUUAAUUAUAAUUAUGUAGAGCUUGUAGGUAUAUUUAUGUAGCCGAGAAUACUUUACUAUCAUAAUUGAAGAUCUCUCAAAUGACUUUAGUCAAAACUUUGCCAUUUACAUUUACUGCCGUACACCUGAAACAUAAACCUGUCGAACUAAUUACAUCAUCAAAUUCAAAUCAAUGUUUGAUCAAUAUAACUCCGAGAUAAAAGUGACCUGGUUACACGCUAUUACUUAAUAUACUUAAAAAGUAACGUGAAUAUAAUUUACAAUUUGUCCUAGUCAAAAAAGAAAAUCACGACUUGUGGUAACAUACCUAUUUGGUUUUAAAUAUAAUUUGCUAUGCUUCUAAUAAAAAGUUAGAUAGUCGCCAAUAAACGUCAUAGGUAUUUCCAUAGAAUUUUUUUGCACGUCAUGUCGGGGCAGAGUUAGCUUUAUCCCACUCUUUUUCCUUUCAACGUCUUCUAGGAUCAAUAUUUGGGAGACCGAGCUUUGCUUGGAAAACAAAAACUCAAUAAUGCGCGUUUUCCCAUGUAUAAGACCUAGCUAGAUCGAUUUUUCGCCUCCGAAAAACCCCAUAAGCAAAGUUCAUUGAUAUCGUUAAAGCUGUUUCCGAGAUUCCCGAAAUAUAUAUACAUUACUUAUAAUAGCGCCCCAUUUUACGCAUUUAUUAUUAAGAUAAUUUUAAUUGAAAUCUAUUAUGGCAUGCAUCCGCUCGGCAAAACUUCUUAACGGAAAUUAAUACUGCCAAUUCUAAUGAUUGUUUAACUUUAGGCGAGAGAAGUUGGGUUGGCCUCAGUUGGAGAUAUUUGUAUACUACCGCAAGACAAAAAAAAAGAACAUGCUACAGCGAGCUAUUUGUUAUCUAAAAGGUUUAAAACCGCGAGCUUCCCGAAAGCGGCGCAGAAUCUAAUUCUCCUGAUGAGAUAAGUUAGCUCAACAAAAAGUGCCUAAGGAAGACUAUGGGAGUAUGGGUACUUACUUAAUCUUACUGCUACGAAGGCUUAUUUCAGACAUGAAGCCUCGAACUUUAAGAAUUGACCGAUACCUACUUAACUCAGAACACAACACUGACUUGUCCUAUAUUUAAGUAUCUACUUAUACACCUAAUCACAUUCCGUUAGAUUUUCUGUACAUCAACAUAUUCUACUUAUCACAUUUCUAGAUUACAUAUUUUUUAUUACAUUGCUUGAUAUGGAAUGUAUUACAUUACUGCGACUUCAUAAUAUAGUACGUAUAUGUACUUAGUAGUAUUUAGUGCAUUACAAUUAUCAGUUGUUGCUUUCAAAAUAUAGGUAGGUACAUUAGAGAUUAUUAGUAGGUAAUGAUACUGUAAGAGACAGAAAAGUAGUUUGGUACACAGUGGAACUACGUCUUGGAUGGCCCCUAAAAUUAUCUAGAUCUUACAGUCAUUUCAGUUCUUGUCUAAUGUUAUGUACCAAUUGACAUAUGUACAAACAAACUAAAAUUAAUUGAAAUUAUCUACUACCGAUCUUAUUUGUAAAUAAAAGCUUAAGCACCUGUUUAAAUCUCUACCAAGUCCAAGGUAAAUAGUAAAAUCCCUACAUCUAAAUAAGUGUCCGUGUACCAGCUAUGUACUUCGUUUUCAUUUAUUUUACAUGAUAGGUAUCAUACUUUAGUAAGCUAGAACUUAGUGUAAUAAGAAAAAUACUACUAAUAAGGCUUUUACUCGUAAUUCUGAAUGGGUAAUGAAGAUGUACAGUGUAACUGUAGUAUGUACAGCUAAACUCCAUUGUAACUUAUAGGUACAUCAAUUCUUAUAGCUGUUUUGAAGUAAAAUAGUCGGAAUAAUGCGUUUAAAAGCCGUAAAUUUUGAGUUUUAUUAUAAGUAUAUUUCUUCAAGAUUUUUUCAUAUUAAAAGACAUUAAUAACAAGUUAAUGACCAUAGUAACUAGUGAUCUUUGUGGGAAAAAAAUCCUAUUGGUUACGUGGUAAAACUAAGUGAUGACCGAAAAUACUGCAUAAUUUUUAAUAGGUACAGUCGACGUAAAAUAUAUGUUUACACUUUUGCACCUUACUCCUUUGUAAUCUUUGACGUCGACUGUACCUAUUAUUUUUGUCAGAUGUCAAGUAAAUGACGGUCAUAAAAGACUACUGUUCUGUAAGUCCCUGAAGUUUUCUUAAUACUAGUCAAAUUAAUGUACCAAUUUAUGGUAAUAAUAUCGUGCUCUUAUGGCGCUGUAUUACUUGGCACUGUGUAUUUACCUCGGCGGCAUCUUAAAGGAAGCGUGAAGGGCUCGCGCGAGAUUGCUGAGAUUCACACUUUUAAUACAGUAACUUAAUACAAUUAGCGUUUGCGUCAAAUCCGGUAGUUCUGAUUUAUGCAGAAUUGUUUAUGAUGUUGAUUGUUGGCCCAAUGAAUAAUCCAAGUUUGUGACCUGGCCGCGUAGCCAAGAUGCCUAUCGCUUACGCUCCGUAGCGAUCGAAACGCAACUGUCACUGUCGCACUUAAAAAGGAAGAGUGAUAGAGAGACAUAAUGCUUUUCGUUGUCGAAGCGAUAGCGAUUGUAACCUUGGCUAGGCCGGCUGGAGCGCCAAACGCAACUUUUCAGAAAUCGAAAAAAAGCCGUGAAUUAUCGGAGAUCUUUAGAUUUGACCGCUUAUAAGCGUUUGUAAGUAGAAUAAAUCUGCUACAAUACGAAAUUAGUAGUACUCUGUAGUAGAUCUAAUAGUUUCCGAGAUAUAGCCUUUUAAUAUUUAUAAUUUUUUCGAACUUUGAAUUCGUAGGCUAAGUGUAGUUAGUAUGCACUUUUAUCUCAGGCGAUGCCGCUAGUCACGAUUGUUCCUAUAAGGUCAAACAAAGCUGAUUUGGCCCGCUAGCCACGAGAUCGUACCUUGCCUACUCCCAAAAAGGUGGGGGGGAAAGGCUCCAAUCUAUGCUAUAUUUCUUCCUGCUCUUAGCAACUAGGGCAAGUUCAUCAUCAUCUUCAUAUACUCGUAAUUUAGUCACAGUAAAUCUCAACUACCGGAUUUGAUGCAAACGAACCCCAUGUUAUUAGGCGACGAAGUUACUGGAUUAUUAAUUAUAUGUAUAGCUAUUUAAUGCAUUUUACUUGUGAUACUUACCUAACUCAAUUUUAGUGGUUAUUUUCCAUAGUUCAGUUUUCGGGCAACAGUUUACAGAGUCUGCUGCAUAGUUACAUCACAGGAGUCCCUAUGUUGAGCGCGUCGCCUUUGGUAGAAGAACGAAAUAAAUGUCUCUAUUUGUAUGUAAGUAAUUUAGGUACUCGUAAUGAGUGAUUCCACUUGGUUUGGCGAGGUGACGCUCUCGGCUUGGUACGCGCAGACUCAACUCAAUUUAUUUAGUUAUCAAUCAAUAUGUUGUAUUCUUGUUGACAUUGUUAGAAUGUCUUACAAAUCGUCACGAUCACAAGUAUUUGGUAUAAUGUAACGUAGUGAUUAAUACUAAUAUACCUACGUUUUAUUUUUCAUAUUUUAUGUAACGUGCAUAGAAUUAUAAUAUAACUUUAUUUUGUGAUAUUA